AUGAACCGAACCGUGAAGGGGGGCCACGUGCUGGUGCUGGGGUCCGAGAACCCCUGGGUGGAAGCCUGCGUUCUGGCCGCCGGCGCGAAGCGAGUGACCACGCUAGAGUACGGGAAGAUCCACAGCAGGCACCCAAGGGUGGGCACGGUGACCCCCGCUGAGGCAUUCGACCUUUUCCAGCGGGGCAGGCUGGGGCCGUUCGACGCCGUCGUCACGUUCUCAUCGGUGGAGCACAGCGGCCUCGGGCGGUAUGGGGACGAUCUCAACCCCUUCGGGGAUUUGCAGGCCAUCGCCAAGGCAUGGUGCAUAUGCAGGGAAGGGGGGCAGAUGCUGCUGGGAGUGGGUAACGGCCACGACGGUCUGACACCCGCCCUCGUCCCUCGUGCCGAUCGCUGA